AUGGAAAAGCGCGUGUCUGAGAAGGUGGAGUUUCCCCUAGCACGAGGAUUACCAGCGAUUAGACUUCCCGGAGGAUCAAAAAAAGAAGAAUCUGUCGAAACAAACUUCGACUAUCGGUAUUGUGUUCGUGACACUCGGAAAGUUCUGAAUGGCCUUCCUGUUAUCGUCGAUGCUGUGAUAAUACAUCGUGAUCUGGCGGCCCGUAAUAUUCUCAUUACCGAGGAGCACACCUGCAAAGUAGCAGAUUUUGGCUUCGCCAGAGAUGUGAUAGCUUCGCAUGUGUACGAGAGGAAGAGUGAAGGGAGGUUACCUAUCAGAUGGAUGGCUCCUGAAUCACUCUAUGACAACAUCUUCACUGUGAAGUCUGACGUCUGGAGUUUCGGCGUUCUAAUAUGGGAAGUGGUUCGCGAUGGAUAUCGAUUGGACAAACCCGAACACUGCCGAAGAGAACUCUACAAUAUAAUGUACUACUGCUGGGAUAAGGACCCCAAAGAAAGACCAUCGUUUUGCGAAUGCGUAGAACUUUUAGAAAAAUUGUUGCUGAGUGAAACUGACUACAUCGAACUGGAGCGGUUUCCUGAUCACUCCUACUAUAACAUGAUGGGAAUGAGCGGGGAAAAAUUAUGA